GGGAAAUUCAAAGUAAGCUUCUCCUUGAUCGCCUUUGUUUAUUUCAGAAAGUUAAGGUUUUGGAUACGACCCUCUUGAUCUGACGCCGGAAUGUUGGUUCGUUAAAUGGAGAGAAAAGGAAUAGAUGACAGUGAAACAGGACCAGUCCCUCCGCUUGUACCGGUUGAUAGGUUUGGGUUUCUGAAGCAGGAACAUGGCAAUUCUUCUCCUCAUCGUUUUACCAAGACCAGAUCAUCUAGUAACUAUGACAAGGAGGAGAGAAGAGUGACGAAAUGGAGGAAAAUGAUUGGAACUGGGGGUAGUGAUUGGAAGCAAUAUGUUAGGAGGAAACCUCAUGUUGUCAAGAGGCGAAUUCGAAAAGGGAUCCCUGAUUGCUUAAGGGGUCUCGUCUGGCAAUUGAUCUCUGGAAGUCGAGACCUUUUGCUUAUGAAUCCCGGUGUUUAUGUGCAACUGGUAAUUUACGAGACAUCAGCAUCAGAACUCGAUAUCAUUAGGGAUAUCUCCCGUACUUUCCCAUCACAUGUUUUCUUCCAGAAGAGACAUGGACCAGGCCAAAGAUCAUUAUACAAUGUUCUAAAAGCAUACUCUGUAUAUGACAGAGAUGUCGGAUAUGUUCAGGGAAUGGGUUUCGUAGCAGGUUUGUUGCUUCUCUAUAUGAGCGAAGAAGAUGCCUUUUGGUUGUUAGUUGCAUUACUCAAAGGAGCUGUUCACUCCCCAAUGGAAGGAUUGUAUCAGGCAGGGCUUCCUCUUGUACAGCAGUAUCUAUUACAGUUUGACCAGUUGUUAAGGGAGCUAAUGCCGAAACUAGGAGAACAUUUCACUCAAGAAAUGAUCAAUCCGAGUAUGUAUGCAAGUCAAUGGUUCAUAACUGUCUUUUCAUAUUCAGUUCCUUUCCCUUCAGCUCUACGAAUUUGGGAUGUGUUUCUAGCCGAGGGUGUUAACAUUGUGUUCAAAGUUGGUUUAGCAUUGUUGAAGUACUGCCAUGAUGAUUUGUUGAAAUUGCCGUUUGAGGAACUCAUGCAUGCUCUGAGGAAUUUCCCUGAAGAUGCCAUGGAUCCUGAUACUUUGCUUCCACUGGCUUAUUCCAUAAAGGUAUCAAAGCGUUUGGAAGAAAUGAAUCAGGAUAGUGAGAGAGCCGUAGCUAAACCAGCCAACCCGGUUCAACUAUAGGGUUUGAUAUUCUUGAGCCGAAUCAAACCAAGACCGUAUUCACGAAGAUUCUUCUCCAUUCUUUUCCAUAUUUUUGUGCAAAUUUUAUCUUUCUCUCAUUCUUGUUUACAACUCAUGUGUGACAACAAUAGCAGUUUUAUAUUCUCCAUUCAGCCA